GAUGAUGAUAGUGUUUGUGAUACUUGUCUGCUUCAAUGGUCUCCUUGUUAGCUCUGAGAGUAACUACCUUCCCUUCCUGUAUCCUACUGACUAUCUAACAAUCAGCUCUCAGGAAUUGUAUAAAAAUACUUCCCUUCCAUCCACAUUUAAAUUUGGAUUUUCUUGUUUCAACUAUAUAUAUGUUCAUGGUGAAGGAUUUCUUUUUGUGCAUUUUAGUGAUAGAGUAGACUUGUGGAUUGCUCCAUAUUUUGACUAUAUAGACUUUACUAAGAAAGGUGAAGUGCGUUAUGCUCUUAUAACUCCAACAACAAAUCUUUCAUUGUGUAAUCAAGUCAAUAAUUACUUAUCUAAUUCAACUGGUAGUAGUGUAUCUGUUGAAUGGAUACUGUGGGCCUACUGGUAUGAUUUAUGUCCAUAUACAGAUAGAUUUUGCAACCAGGUUAAUAGUAUUUGUAACUUACAAUAAUAAUAUUCUUGCAGUCAAACUAUUAUCAGGUUGUAUUAGCUCAUCAAAGUAAUGCCACAUAUGCUGUGUUUAUAUACGAGUGUGGAUUCAUAUGAUGGACAAAAUAUGGAGAUUUGAUAAUGUUACUAACAUAGACUGCUAUGAUACAGUAUCAGGAUGGACUAAUAUUGUAUACAGACUAGAUCAAGUUAUAGAUAGGUUUGACUUCCUAUCCAUUACACCUCACAGCAUCACAGUAUCAUGGGAAAUGAGCAUUCCAAUUAUUAACAGUGUAUUUAACCUGAGUAUCACUCAUUCUCUUUAAACAGUUAAUGAUACUAUUACUGUUACUGGAUAUAAUGCAUAUAACUUUACUAAUGAAAUAAACCUUUGCAAUGUUUAUACUUUCAAACUGACUCUACCAAAAGCAAAAACCGAAUGCAAUGAGGACACAAAAAUCAUAUCAACAGAAGCACCAAAACCUGACAACGUAUCUGCAUUAUAUCUAACCAAUAAAACAUUAAUAAUAAGAUUUCAAAUACUUCAGUGCUUCACAGAUAAAAUACAACUGCUUUUGGUUGAGGCUGAUACUUCUAAUACAUCAGACCCACUGAAUAUUGAUAGUCUUCAAUACAAUGAUGAGUUUUAUAUUAUACACUGGAAUAUAAAACUAAAUGAUCAUUCAUUGUAUUACCUAACAGUAUCAGCAAUUGGUAUAUAUGAAACUAGUAGCUCUAAUCUAACAGAAAUAAGCAAAUAUAAUGUAAAGGAUAUAAUGAUAGAGAGGAAUAAAGAUAUUGUCUGCUUUGUUUGUGUUACUGAAAUGUUUAAUGAAUGCCAAAUAUUAAUAGCAUCAACAACAACACUGAUACCACAAUCAAUACAAACUAAUGGAACAUGUUAUUCAUUUACUGAUAAUGGAACAUACACUGUAUAUGCACAUGAUAUUGAGAAUGGAAUAAAGAUACUGACACCAGCAAUAGUUAUUGAAUACACAGUUGACUGGAAUAGACCAUCACAAACAGUGAGUGUGUUUUCAAGUACAAAAGAGUUCAUAAUAUACCAAACAAGCAGCAAAGAAUUGAUAUUCUCAAUGGAGCCCUGUGUUACCUUGUCUAUUUCAGACAUACUCAAAACUACUAAUGAUAUUGAUCAUCAAAUGUCAACAAUAGGUCAAUCACAGAUCACUAUUGGAUAUACAAUCAUAAAUGAGUUUCAAUCAUCAAGUAAAGAGAGUGUUUCAUAUUCUAAGGAGUUGAUAACAAGCAGCAAAGAAUUGCUAUUUUCAAUGGAGCCCAGUGUUACCUUGCCUAGUUCAGCAGUACUUAACACUACUAUUAACAAUAAUAAUAACCAUCAAAGUAUGAAUUGCACAGCGCACACAUCACAAAUCAUUAUUAUAAUACUGGGAGUUCUCCUUGGACUCACAACACUUGCUGUUCUCAUACUAUCACUAGCAAUGAUUGUAAUACUGAGGAAGAAAGGUAAAGCAAGAUCUGAUGACAACUCUAUACCUGAUCAGACUCCAGAAACUUAUGAGAUCCCAGUCACCACAAAAGAGAAUCCAUCAUAUGAAAUGAUAAGCAGUGACAUACAAUCCAUUAAUAAUAACUACUAUGAAACUGUUAGUAUUAGCAGUACAACAACAUAUGAUGUCCCAAGGCCACAAGCCUCACAGAAUUAAACAUUUUAAGUAAUGCUCUACUUAAUACGGCAUUUAUA